GUGGUUCUCCUAAACAUUUUCGUCGGUCAAAGGUGAAACGCUGUGAUCAAGAGUCGUCCCCGGGGGACGCCUUAACUCCGAAGAAAAGAAAAACUCGUUUAGCAGGUGGUUCUACCAAACAUUUGCGUUGGCCAAAGGUGAAACGCCGUGAUGAAGAGUCUUCUCCGAGUCGCGCCUUAACUCCGAAGAAAAGAAAAACUCGCUUGGCAGGUGGUUCUACUAAACAUUUUCGUUGGAGAAAGGUGAAACGCCGUGAUGAAGAGUCGUCUCCAAGUGACACCUUAACUCCGAAAAUAAAAAAAACUCGUUUAGCAGGUAGUUCUACUAAACAUUUGCGUCCGCCAAAGGUGGAAGGCUGUAAUGAAGAGUCUUCUCCGAGUGACGUCUUAACUCCGAAGAAAAAAAAAACUCGUUUAGCAGGUGGUUCUACUAAACAUUUGCGUCCGCCAGAGGUGGAAGGCCGUAAUGAAGAGUCUUCUCCAAAUGACGCCUUAGCUCCGAAGAAAAAAAAAACUCGUUUAGCAGGUGGUACUACUAAACAUUUUGGUUGGCCAAAGGCGAAUCGCCGUGAUGAAGAGUCGUCCCCGAGUGAUGCCUUAACUUUGAAGAAAAGAAAAACUCGUUUAGCAGGUGGUUCUACUGAAGAUUUGCAUCGGUCAAAGGCAGAACAUCGUAAUGAAGAAUCGUCUCCGAGUGACGCCUUCACUCCGAAGAAAAAAAAGACUCGUUUAGCAGGUGGUUCUACUAAACAUUUGCGUCCGCCAAAGGUGAAACGCUGUGAUGAAGAGUCGUCUCCGAGUGAUGCCUUAACCCCGAAGAUAAAAAAAACUCAUUUAGCAGGUGGUUCUACUAAACAUUUUCGUUGCCCAAAGGUGAAACGCCGUGAUGAAGAGUCUUCUCCGAGUCGCGCCUUAACUCCGAAGAAAAGAAAAACUCGUCUGGCAGGUGGUUCUACUAAACAUUUGCGUCCGCCAAAGAUGGAAGGCCGUAAUGAAGAGUCUUCUCCGAGAGACGUCUUAACUCCGAAGAAAAAAAAAACUCGUUUAGCAGGUAGUUCUACUAAACAUUUUCGUUGGCCAAAGGUGAAACGCCGUGAUGAAGAGUCGUCUCUGAGUGACGCCUUAACUCCGAAAAUAAAAGAGACUUGUUUAGCAGGUGGUUCUACUAAACAUUUGCGUCCGCCAAAGGUGGAAGGCCGUAAUGAAGAGUCGUCUCCAAAUGACGCCUUAGCUCCGAAGAAAAAAAAAACUCGUUUAGCAGGUAGUUCUUCUAAACAUUUCCGUCGGUCAAAGGUGAAACGCCAUGAUGAAGAGUCGUCUCAGAGUGACGCCUUAACUCCAAAGAAAAGAAAAACUCGUUUAGCAGGUGGUUCUACUAAACAUUUGCGUCCGCCAAAGGUGAAACGCCGUGAUGAAGAGUCGUCUCCGAGUGACGCCUUAACUCCGAAGGAAAGAAAAACUCGUUCAGCAGGUGGUUCUACUAAACAUUCGCGUCGGUCAAAGGUGAAACGCCGUGAUGAAGAGUGGUCUUCUAGUGACGCCUUAACUCCAAAGAAAAGAGUUGAGCAAGGAGUUCCCAGCGACGAAGAGUUAGAGUGGCUUUCGCGGAAACUCGAAAAUUGGAAGGUAGUCGGGCGUCGUCUAAAAAUUGACACACCAACAUUAACGGCGUUUCAUAUGGAGAAUAGGGGAUGGUUUGAAAAAAGUUACAGAAUGUUACUACAUUGGAAAGAGAGGAAUGGCUCAACUGCAACAUACACGAUCCUACAUGAUGCACUGUGUCAUCCAUUGGUUAAACGCACAGAUUUAGCUGAGCAACUUAUGACUGACAUUUCAGCUGAAGAGGAGAGUUGUAAAAGUGAUGAUCCUUCAGAAAAUAAACGUAUAAGGCUUGCAGUAAUGGAGUGUCUGAGCGCGGACUCCAAAGGUCGGAGGCAAGAGUUCGUGUGGUUUUGGAAACUUGGCGUUGUAUGCUUACUCAUCCCAGCAAUAAAAGUUCAUGUUUGUUUUCUCUAUUUUUCAGAACCGUUGAAUGUUGAGAAGUGCCAAGAGAAGCUAAAAUCUUAUUAUGACACCUUCAGUAAGGUGAAAAUCGUUCCAUGGGACGAAAGCUCUUCCAUUGAGAUUAAUGAGAUCUACACACCUUUGAAUUGGGUGAGAGAUCACAGGAAGCCCAGCGGAGUGACAAAAGAGGAACUUGAAGACUACACCGACAUGUUCAAGGAAAAACCAACACGAAUGCUUGUUUAUGGUCGGCCAGGAAUUGGCAAGAGUACGUUUUGUAAGAAGGCUGCAUAUGAUUGGUCGAAAACCUUAAAAGAAAUCCUAAAGAACUUUAGCAUUUUGCUUCUGAUUAAGUUGAGAGAUGUGUGUGACGUGGGAAACAUCCGUGAUGUUUUACGUGCGUCUAAAUUGCUGGCCAGUGAUGGUCCGAUCUCAGUUGAUAGUCUCUAUGAUUACAUAAUUAACAAUCAAGAUGAAGUGCUCCUUAUUUUGGAUGGCUACGAUGAGUACAGCUGUGCAAAAGAACACUCACCCAUUCUUGCAAUUUGGAAGGGUGAGCAACUAAGAGAUUGUCACGUCAUUGUCACCACGCGUCAACUUGAAUGUGACAAGUUAAGAGGCCCGAGCCACGUUCAAUUAGAAAUUCAAGGAUUCAAAAGCUGGGAACGAAUAAAAACCUUUGCGAGAAAAUUUUUGGCAGAUGAACAAGAUCCUGACGAGUUUAUGCACUACCUGGAAAAAAGAGAUCUCUAUAACAUGGCAGUAAUACCUCUCCUCCUGAUGAUGCUGUGUAUUUUGUGGAAAGAGAAACAUCACUUCGGACUGCCAAAAUCACGGGCCGAUAUAUUCACACAAUUCAUUCAAACUAUGCUGGAUCACAAAGAUGGAAGUCACCAGCCUAUGCCAUUUCAGAAAGUGACCUCAACAGAAGCUAAAGAAGACUUAAGUAAUCUUGGAAAGGCUGCCUUUGAAGCACUUCUGCAAGACCGUCUUUACGUACGCUGCAGCGAACUCCCCGGCAAUAUUUCAAGAAGUUUUCAAAAAUUAAGUGAAGUUGGGCUUUUCCAGAUUGUCAAUCUUACGAGUCUAAAUCCUGAGAAAGGGGCCUAUUUCGUUCAUAAAUCCGUACAGGAGUUCCUUGCAGCCUGGCACAUUAAAGAGGAAGUGUUGUCGAUUAAAGGAGAAAGUACUCCAAGCCUUUCCAAAGUUGAAUCACUUGUAGACAUCAUUGAGAUGAAUGAAGUUCUCAAAUUUGCCUGUGAGCUGUCAACAGAAGCCGCGUGCGCAGUUUUCCAUCAUGUAGGGUCUGUUGGAAGAAAGGAAUCUUUGUUGAAUCUUGAUUUUAUUAAUCUGCUUCAGGAGACUGCACCACCCGCGUCGUAUGAGAAUGAAACACUUUAUCUUGGGCUUAUCUCGCAUAGCUACUUUUGUUGUUCGGCCGAGAAGAGGCGAGGUCUCUGCUCAGUGUUUCCCUCUUACACUGGAGGUAUUUUGUCUCUUGAUUCCAACCAGCUGAACGUUACUGCAAAUGAACAUUUGCUGAAAUCUGGCAUGAUACCCAACGCUAUCUUUUUUCCUUCCGAAAAAGAUUAUUCUGAGAAAAGCUAUCGAGACUUUAUCACUGUAGUGGAGGACACAGAUGCUGUUUUUUUGAGCUGUUCGGGCGAAAAGAAAGCCGCAGAUUUGCUGAAGAAGUUCCCGCGUCGUCCUUUGAAAGAGUUCUUUUUGAAGAGAGAGAGAAAAAUCAUUGUUUAUGUUUAUGAAAUACAGAACCUUUAUGGCACUUUUCCGACUGAAGUGCUGCGAGAGCUCAUUUCGCCAACAACAGAGUCUACUCAGGUGAAGCGUGUUGGUGAUCCGUUGAAUGAACACGACAGCGGAAAAGCUUCAUAUUUGACUAAGAACACUAAUAGCAUCACUGGUCCGACUCCACACAGCCUUUCCUGUUUGAGUAACAUUAAUAUUAUCGUCAUGGAAAGGGAAGAGAUGAAGAUGGUGACUGAUUGCUCACCACUUUUCACUGCUCUGCGUCAUAUAUGUAUUCAUGGGAAACCCUUUGAAAUCAAUGAUGCUCAGUUGACAGAGACCCUGGUGUCUCGUAUCAUCUUCACUGACAGACUUUACGUAUUAGAACUUUUUAAUAUCAAUUUAACAGCCAAACCUGCCGCAGUCAUCGCCAGAUCUCUGCACCAGGCUCCUAGCCUGCGCCAUCUCAACUUGUCAAGGAACCCUCUUGGUGAAGGAGUAAGUGUUCUCACUCAACAUCUCAACCGUGUUCCUAACCUGGAGAUGCUGACGCUUUUUAAUGUUAAAAUGACAAGGCAACAAGUGAAUGAUUUGAGUGCAGCUGUACGUCAGAGUAACUCUUCCUGGUUGAACACAAAUUACCACCUCUUAGGAGUUGUUAAACAAUGUCAUACUUUAAAGCUGAAGCUUCUUUCUGAUGGAGGAAAAGCUAAACUUCAAAGGAAAUGUGGUGUGUUUCUGGAUGCUCUGAGAAAAAAAUUUUUAUACCCGAGUAUUCCCUUAGAAAGAGCUUCUAGGAUAGUAUUUGGAAGUUUUGUAGAAGGAAG